GGUGUUAAUUGGGGAGUUGCAUCAGCUGUUUACAGUCCUUGAAUGGCUUGAGACCAUACAGUAAGGUUUGCUUGGUGUCUCCAUCUCCACCACCAGUCAAAUAUUAUCCAUAUUUUGAAAAUUAAAAAACGAAACAAAAAAGCAUUUCUCUGAACACCAUGAAAAAAUAAAAAGAAAAGGAGAAACUUUUUGCUCUAUUCAUUUUUAUUAUUCUGAGGAACGUGUGUUUGUUUGGUGGUGAAUUCCUAUCCACACGUCUCACCGGAGACAUGUCUGCUGUGGUUGCCGGUUCCUCCUCUUCACUCUCUGCCACCUUCACCACCAGGAGGAGCAGCCCCUCCUUAAAAAACACUCACCUCACACAUUCCAAGACACUCACUCUUCCUCAAUGCCAGAAAACAUCUUUGCAAGGCCUCUCACUUCAUGAAGCCAAAAGGGGUGUUUCAGAAUCCUUCCUAGGUGAGAACAGGAACGGUUCCUCCAUUGCUGGAAGGAGACUUGAGAUCACAGCAAGAACUGCUGGGGCUUCAAAGACAAUUGAGGCGGAGGUUGACAAGCCACUUGGCCUCACCUUAGGUCAAAAAUCCGGUGGUGGUGUUGUCAUCACUGCUGUUGAUGGUGGUGGAAAUGCAGCGAGAGCAGGGUUAAAGGCAGGGGACCAAGUCCUUUAUACUAGCAGUUUCUUUGGGGAUGAAUUGUGGCCUGCUGAUAAGCUUGGAUUUACUAAAACCGCAAUUCAAGCAAAGCCUGAUUCUGUCUACUUUGUUGUGAGCAGAGGUGCUGAUGUAGACGUUAAAAGGCUUCCAAAGCGUCCUGCUCCUCCUCGAUUUGGAAGAAAACUAACUGAGGCCCAAAAGGCUAGAGCUACUCACAUUUGCCUUGAUUGUGGAUACGUAUACACCUUACAGAAACCUUUUGAUGAGCAGCCGGACACAUAUGGGUGUCCUCAAUGUCAAGCACCUAAGAAGAGGUUUGCUCGGUAUGAUGUUAACACUGGAAAAGCUAUUGGUGGGGGCUUGCCUCCUAUUGGAGUUAUUGUUGGACUCGUGGCUGGUCUAGGUGCAGUUGGAGCUUUGCUUCUUUAUGGUCUUCAGUAACAUUUUAUUCCAUCACAUCUCAUUUUCAGUCCUCCAAUAUUGGACCUUGUAUCUCAUAAACUCCUCGGAUAUUCAUGUGAAAGUUAAAUGAAGCUUUCUUUAUGAGAUUCAAAGUGAAUUUCUAACUACUUUUGUUGUA